UUCAUUUUAGGUAAGUUAAAAAAACGAGAAUAUUCAUUUAAUUUUCCGGAGCCAUUUUAUUUUUUGGAUAUAAGUAGUAUGAUUCUAACUUAUAGUGUACUUGCAACAAAUGGAAUGGACGAUGGUAGUGCUACAGCAGCGCCACGUAGCGCCUAUCCGGGAGCUCCGCCCCCAGCCCCGGUGUCAUUAAAAGGGGCCCAAAGGCCAGCUAUGACUAGUCCAGCUGCAGGUGGAUUAGCUGGUGCUCCAUAUAGAGGUGCUAGUUGGACACCACAGGGAUACGCACCAGCAGCUGCUGCUGCUGCCGCUGCUGCUGCACAACAAGCAUAUAGAUAUACAGCACCGUUACCGCAACCAGCUUAUGCUGCUUAUACCCCUCAUACAACAACAACUACAACGGUAAGUGAAUUUCAAAGAUAUUCCUGAUUUUGGUAUGUAUAUAGAUUAAAUAUUUAAAGUAUUGUUAAAUACAUACAAGACUUUAAUGUCACACCUUUGAGAAAUGGAAAAGUUAAAAAUUCGAGCAAUUUCGAGAGUUUGGGGAUGGUUCAAUGGAAAUCUUACCUAUAAAUUUAAUGUUUACCCUAUAUAUAUAAAUUCCAUAUAUAAAUUAAAUUCUUUUAAUAAAUAUUUCUUGUAAUUUGAUUAGUGAACAAUAAAUAUUCAUUCAUGCACUUAAGUUUCAUGAACUAUUAAAAUUGAUUUCCUAUCUUUAAAAUAUUACAAUUUUCAUUCAUAAAAAAUGGCUGUUUGACAUUAUUAUUCUCGUAUAAUUCUAUAAUAAUAAAUUACAAAUUUAAUAAAAACUUCAUGAGAAAUUUUAAAUUAUUCAAUAAUAAAAUGGAAGUUUCUAAACGGAAACUACCUAUAAAAACUUAAUUUUUGCUAAUAUUUUGUACAUCGUAUGGAAGAAAAUUCGGACAUUUUUAUAAUUUUAUUAAAAUUCUCCAAGUUUCGAAUUGCUCUGUGUAUGUCAAGAAUUGAGAUUUGAGCUAAAAUUUCUGACUCAUACUU